AUGGCAACCGCUAACGAAGAUAGCAAAGUCACAGCUAGUGUAGCAAUCACUAUGUCUCCUCUGCUACCUUCAAACAUCACCGUGUGGUUCGCCUUAUUAGAGACGCAACUUAGCACGGCGGACAUCUCGUCGGACAAGAUAAGAUUCGCGACUCUUGGAAAAUGUCUCGACGGUCGACUUCUACAACAAAUUGAGGGCGUCAUGACGGAUCCUACAACCACGGGACGGUACGCGGAGUUAAAAGGCGAACUUAUUCGUAUUCUAACGGAUACGGACAGUGCAAGGUUGAAGAAGUUGGUGGAAAGCGAAGAGAUGGGGGAUAGGAAGUCAUCUGAAUUUUAUCACCACCUGAGAAAACUUGCCAACCCCUCCACGCCGGACGAUUUCAUCCUCACAGUGUGGAGGAAUCGACUAUCCGUUCGCAUCAGGCGUAUCCUGACCGCAGUAGAUGACACGAACCGAAGAGGACGAAAAUCUCAUUUUUAG